AUGGUGCUACCAAAGAGCAAGAACAGCGUCGGACUCGGCAACAGUCUUAUGAAUGAUCGGUUUGGAAGAGGAAAAGGUUCAGAUCGCAAGAAGGUCAGCAGCAACCAGGGCGUCGUCAGGACGAACCAUGCCACCGGCGAGAGCUAUGUUACAAACGCGGCCAAGGAGGCCUCCUGGGUCAAGAUGAGGAGUGUCACUGAACAAGGCGCCCUCGACGAGUUCCUGUCCACAGCCGAAUUGGCAGGCACAGAUUUCACCGCAGAGAAGAUGAACAGUGUCAAGAUCAUACACGCCGACCAGAGAAAUCCAUAUCUCUUGUCAGCCACUGAGGAGCAGGGCGUCCGGAAGAAGCAUGCGCGCAACAGAGGGAGGUUGACGGUGCCUCGAAGGCCCAAAUGGGACGAGUCAACUACACCGCGCCAGCUGGACGAGAUGGAACGAGCAAGUCUACUCGAGUGGAGAAGAGGACUGGCCGAGUUGCAGGAGAACGAUGAUCUGCUUAUGACUCCCUUUGAGCGAAAUAUAGAGGUAUGGAGGCAGUUAUGGCGAGUCAUAGAGCGCUCGGACUUGGUUGUACAAAUAGUCGACGCUCGAAAUCCACUGCUUUUCCGGAGCGAGGAUCUGGAACGCUAUGUCACCCAAGUCGACUCAGCCAAGCACAAUCUCUUACUGGUCAACAAGACCGACAUGAUGACAAAACAGCAGAGACAGUCCUGGGCUGACUACUUUGUCGAUAAGAAGAUCAACUACAAGUUCUUCUCUGCCCACCUAGCCAAGGAGCUAAAUGAGGAGCGGGACGGUCUGGACGAAUUGAUCGAGCGUGAUGAACAACAAAUUAUACAGCAGUAUGAACCCGAGAAAGACAUGGUCAAGGAUGUCCAGGAUCUGAACUUGCAAGAGCAGGAACAUUCGAAGAAUAUGCAAGAAGCAGAAGAUGAGUCUGGUGACGCCGAAGAGGAGGUCGACGAUGACGACGAAAAAACACGCAUCCUUACGGUCGACGAGCUCGAGUCACUCUUUCUGGCCAACAUACCCCCGGACAGCACAUCAGACCGGAAAACGACGAUCGGCCUUGUCGGCUAUCCUAAUGUUGGCAAAUCAUCCACGAUCAACGCUCUGAUCGGCGCAAAGAAAGUCUCAGUCUCAGCCACUCCGGGCAAGACCAAGCAUUUCCAAACUAUCCACCUCUCCGACAAAGUCAUUCUGUGCGAUUGUCCAGGUCUGGUAUUCCCAAACUUCGCCACUACGAAAGCCGAGCUUGUCUGUGCCGGUGUGCUGCCCAUCGAUCAGCUUCGCGAAUUCACCGGCCCUGCUGGCCUCGUGGCGAACAGAAUACCACAGAGCUUCCUCGAGAAUGUCUAUGGCAUGAAGAUCAGCAUCCGUGCCUCUGAAGAGGGCGGCACAGGUAUUCCCACCGCAUCAGAAGUGAUGCGAGCAUAUGCUCGAGCGAGAGGAUUUGCCACCACAGGCUACGGCCAGCCUGACGAGUCCCGAGCAGCACGUUACAUCCUGAAGGACUACGUCAAUGGCAAGCUUCUGUAUUGCCACCCACCACCAGCUGAUCCCGAGAUCGAUGGCCACGACGUGCUCAUCUCACAUUCCGACGACUUGACGGAAUCAGAGGUUGCGCCAGAGAUCCCGUUACCGACAGCUACCCAGAAAGAGACUGGUGCUCGCUCGAAACAGCUGGACAAAGGCUUCUUCGGAGCGGGAGCGAGGAAUGCAGGGCAUGCCACCAUGCCCUUCAAUCACCAGUACACAGAGCAGGGAAAGCAGAAGCAGCUCUCGGGCCGAAAAGCGAAGACGAUGGCGGCUCUGGAGAAAGGCAUCGAUCCGAGUGAGCUGAAAAUGGAUCAGAAGAAGCACUUCAAGCCCAGUAGGACAAAAGUGCGCAACCAAGGAGGUCCUAAGGAUGAUAGCGAUUGA